UCAGCUGCUCCCCAGGAAAUUCGGGAGGCAGCUUUUGGAACCUGACUCGGCCUGACCGUCUUGAUCUGGAUGAAUUGCUGGCUGAGCGGGUUGACAGACAGGCUGACUGUCAGACUUGCCGACACCUGGGCACUCAGGAAUAUAUACCUGUUGUUGGCUGUGCCUGAUCCCCACCCCUCGCUCGCGAGACUCUUGCUCGGUCGGUGCCCGCUUCCUCAAGUAGCUGCCUAGGGAGUCAAACCACCAUGGCAGCUCCUGCAACUUCCAGCCAGCACCCACUGCCAGACGUUAGCCGUCAAGCGGGCGGUGGCGUGUCCGGAAAAGCCCACUCCGUCAGAACCCUCAACACCCCCGUGCUUGCGCACCUGCAGCAAGUCUACGCAGCUCAAGCCGGCAGCGACAAGAACUGGAGCCCCGAGAAGGCUGCUGCCUUCCUGAGGGACAUACAGCACGACACCGACACGUUCCAGGAUGGCAGUCCCUGGGACUUCAACUCGUUCCUCCGCUACAUGACUUCGUCCGCCACCCAAGCCGUCGCACCGACCGCCCAGGAGGACCUUUCCUGGCCGUUGUCCAGCUACUUCAUCAGCUCAAGCCACAACACCUACCUCACGGGCAACCAGCUAAUGAGCGACUCCAGCGCCGACGCCUACAGGAACGUCCUGCUGCGCGGCUGCCGCUGCAUCGAGAUCGACGUGUGGGACGGCGGCGAGCCAUCCUCGGAUGAGGACGAUGAUAGCAGCAGCAGUAGCAGCAGCGACGAAGGCACGGGAAAGGCCAAACCGUCGAAGAAGAAGAAGCGCCUCAGCACGGUGACGGACAGGCUGCCCAAAUCGCUGGCCAGUCGGCUGGAGAAGACAACGCUGGGUAAGAAGCCGGACCAGGUCGCCGCCAAUAGGAGCCCCUACCACUCACUCACCAGGAAAACAGGCAACAAAAUAAGCCCGGCUGCACCAGCCGAUGCGCCGCCCGAGAACAAGGAGACUAAUCUAAGCACGAGCCCGCCUCCGACCAGUCCGGUGAAGAAGGUCCCCAGCCCAAAGGAACCGAGGGUCCUGCACGGGUACACCUUGACCAAGGAGGUGCCGUUCCGCGAGGUCUGCGCCGCCGUCCGGGACUGCGCCUUCGUCGUGACCGACACACCUUUGAUCGUCAGCCUCGAGGUUCACUGCGGCCCAGCACAGCAGGAGACCAUGGUCGCCAUCAUGCAGCAGACCUGGGGCGAGUUUCUGCUGCCCGAGCCCAAGGAGGACGCCCAGCACUUGCCUUCCCCGGCCGAUCUGCGCGGCAAGAUCCUCGUCAAGGUCAAGUAUGUCCCGCCCGAUGGCGCGAGUCCCGUAGCGGACGAUGGUGAGGAGGCCGCCGUGCCGGCCGACGCCGCGGCCAAGAAGAAGAAGCCGUCCAAAAUCAUCCAGGCGCUGAGCAAGUUGGGCAUCUACACGCGGGCCGUGUCGUUCAAGAGCCUGACGCAGCCCGAGGCAACCAUGCCGACGCACGUCUUCUCGCUGUCCGAGAACGGCGUCGCCGAGGUGCACCAGAAGAGCGCUCGCGAGCUGUUCGAACACAACAGGCGCUUCUUGAUGCGCACGUACCCUUCGGGCUUCCGGUUCGACUCCUCCAACCUCGACCCGGCCGUGUUCUGGCGCAAGGGCAUCCAGAUUGUCGCGCUCAACUGGCAGAGCUGGGAUGCGGGCAUGAUGUUGAACGAGGGCAUGUUCGCCGGCACUGGCGGAUACGUGCUGAAGCCCGAGGGCUACCGUGUCGAAAGGCCCCUCUCCUCCACUAACGCCAGCACCACCCAGAACCCCAACCCCCAAGCCGCCGCGGUCAAGCACUACACGAUGGACCUAACAAUCCAGGUCCUCGCCGCCCAAUUCCUGCCGCUCCCGCGGGGCGACGCCAACCCGUCCUCCUUCCGCCCCUACGUCAAGGUCGAAGUCCACGUCGAGCAGCCCGGCGAGCGCCACGGCGCCCCCGCCGACCCCGCCGCCGCCGUGCCCGCCGGCGGCAAGGAGAAGGAGGGCGAGUACAAGGCCAAGACCAAGUCGAUGCGCGGCUGCGACCCGGACUUCAAGGGCCAGGAGCUGCGGCUGGCGGGCAUCCCGGGCGUCGUGCCGGAGCUGUCGUUCGUGCGCUUCCUAGUCCGCGACGACGAGCUGGGGCGCGACUCGCUCGCCGCCUGGGCCUGCGUCAGGGUCGAUCGGCUGCGGGAGGGCUAUCGCUUCGUGCACCUGGCGGAUGCGCUCGGGGUGGAGUCCGAGGGGACGGUGUUGGUGAGGGUGGGAAAGAAGCUGUACUGACGGUGAGGAUGAGGAACUGCAGGGUUUGAGUGUUUACGUUGGAGACUGCAAGGGGGCGAGAGAGUUGGCUUCAAUGUUGGAUGGUGAUUUGAGUUGAUGUGAGCGCCUUUGCAAUGGUAGAUAGCGUAGGUAGCCAAAUUAAAUAGAUAGUCACAUAGAGACAGUUCCUCGAAGCGUUCGUGAAACGGGGUGUCCUCGCGCGAAUCCCUAAAGAGUGAGAAGUGGAGGACAGUUGCGACGAGUGAAGG